UGGGUAACUGGACUCCGGCGAUCAAACCUCCGGAGGCCGGGAGAGGCCUGCGGGCUCGCGGCACAUCCCGGAUCUGGAGUAUCCCUGGCAGGAGCGGAGUCAGAGGGGCCGCGGGAUCCUAAAGCCGGGCUGCAAAGAACUUGCGAACUUGGAGUAGAAGAUCCCGGAACCCGGUAGUAAAAUCGGGAAGUCCCGGAUCGCGGAACGUAGCUCGCGGAGCGGACUCAACACGGAGACCGGAGGCCGGAUCGCUGCACCGCGGGACGGGACAGAGUGAUGUCCGGCCGUGGCGCGGGCGGGUUCCCGCUGCCUCCGCUGAGCCCCGGCGGCGGCGCCGUUGCCGCGGCCCUUGGUGCGCCGCCUCCGCCUGCGGGACCCGGAAUGCUGCCCAGCCCGGCGCUCAGGGGCCCGGGGCCUUCUGGAGGCAUGGGGGUACCGGGGGCCGCCGCCUUCCGCCCCAUGGGCCCCGCUGGCCCCGCGGCGCAGUACCAGGUGAGGAGGGCAGGCGAGCGGCGCCGCGAGGGCGCUGUGUCGGUCUCCCUGGGGCCUCAGCGUCCUGGCAUGUCACCAGGAAGCAGGAUGCCCAUGGCUGGCUUGCAGGUGGGACCUCCUGCCGGUUCCCCAUUUGGCACAGCUGCUCCGCUCCGACCUGGCAUGCCACCUACCAUGAUGGAUCCAUUCCGAAAACGCCUGCUUGUGCCUCAGGCCCAGCCCCCGAUGCCUGCCCAGCGCCGAGGGUUAAAGAGGAGGAAGAUGGCAGAUAAGGUUCUACCUCAGCGAAUCCGGGAGCUUGUCCCAGAGUCUCAGGCAUACAUGGAUCUUUUAGCUUUCGAGAGGAAGCUGGACCAGACCAUCGCUCGCAAGCGGAUGGAGAUUCAAGAGGCCAUCAAGAAGCCUCUGACGCAAAAGCGAAAACUUCGGAUCUAUAUUUCCAAUACAUUCAGCCCCAGCAAGGCGGAUGGAGAUAAUGCGGGAACUGCGGGGACCCCUGGGGGAACCCCGGCAGCAGACAAGGUGGCCUCCUGGGAGCUUCGAGUAGAGGGGAAACUGCUGGAUGAUCCUAGCAAACAGAAGAGGAAGUUCUCAUCAUUCUUUAAGAGCCUUGUGAUUGAGUUGGACAAGGAACUCUAUGGGCCGGACAACCAUCUGGUGGAGUGGCAUCGGAUGCCCACCACACAGGAAACAGAUGGCUUUCAGGUGAAACGGCCAGGAGAUCUCAAUGUCAAGUGCACCCUUCUGCUCAUGCUGGAUCAUCAGCCUCCUCAGUAUAAACUGGACCCCCGCCUGGCGAGGUUGCUGGGAGUGCACACACAGACCAGGGCGGCAAUCAUGCAGGCACUGUGGCUUUACAUCAAACACAACCAGCUGCAGGACGGCCAUGAGCGCGAGUACAUCAACUGCAAUCGUUACUUCCGCCAGAUCUUCAGUUGUGGCCGACUCCGUUUCUCCGAGAUUCCCAUGAAGCUGGCUGGAUUGCUGCAGCAUCCAGACCCCAUUGUUAUUAAUCAUGUCAUUAGUGUGGAUCCUAAUGACCAAAAGAAGACAGCCUGCUAUGACAUUGAUGUAGAGGUUGAUGACCCACUGAAGGCCCAGAUGAGCAACUUCCUGGCCUCUACCACCAACCAGCAGGAGAUUGCUUCUCUUGACGUCAAGAUCCAUGAGACCAUUGAGUCCAUCAACCAGCUAAAGACCCAGAGGGAUUUCAUGCUCAGCUUUAGCACCGAGCCCCAGGACUUCAUCCAGGAGUGGCUCCGUUCCCAACGCCGAGACCUCAAGAUCAUCACAGAUGUGAUUGGAAACCCUGAGGAGGAGAGACGAGCUGCUUUCUACCACCAGCCCUGGGCUCAGGAAGCAGUGGGGAGGCACAUCUUUGCCAAGGUGCAGCAGCGAAGGCAGGAACUGGAACAGGUGCUGGGAAUUCGCCUGACCUAACUGCUCAGGGAUUGCCUCCUUCCUUCCUCCCCUGCCCUGGAUGGAACCUGGCAAGAGCCCGUCCUCUGGGUUCUGGCUUGGGCUGCAGACAUGUAGGAUGGAGUGAGGUGUGUUUCCUGUCACCCUCCACUCCCCAGCUUUAGUUUCAUAAAUGUAGUUUUAGAUCCCUCACUGCUUGGUUCCCAAAGCCUUAUUACUGACCUUUUAGCGCUGGCUUUAAUUGGGUUUGCAAUGAGCGGCCUCAGCCCCCUGCAGGCAGGCAGGCCUGAGUAGGAGGCUGGAGGCUGUGCUUUAACUUUGUACCAGACAUUUCCAAACCAAAGGCUGCUGGGUUUGCAUGUUUACAGGCUCCACCCUAGGGCCAGUGCCAGAGCUGGCUUUGGGGAGCUGGGCAAGGAAGAGAAGGCCCUAGACUCUUCCUGGCCUUUCUAACCAAAGUUUUUUGCCAUUCCUACAAGCCCAGUCUUGCUGCUGGUUUGUCCUUCUUUUUGGGUAUUUGCACUAUUUGGGGAGCAGGUUUUUCUAUGUGGGAGCCACUUUUUUGUACAGAGGUAAUGGGGUUUUUCAGGGAGCCCACUUGGUGCCUCCUUCUUCCUUUCUUUUCUUAAUCUAUGCAAGCGGCUGCAGCCGCCAUCAUCUCCUGGUAUGCCACAAGGCUGCCCACCCAUAGCUGCUUGGGCAGGGGGAGGUGGAAUCUCCUGAGAGUGGCAAUGCCAGUUCUCUAACCCAGUUACAGCAGGGGUGUGUGUGCGUGCGUGCGUGCGUGCUGCAGGGGAAGGGGAAAGCUGGAGGACUGCUGUUACCUUUUGCAGUCGGUCUUAAAGAGGAUGGGCCUAAGGCUUGGCAAACUUGGAAAAUUCCAAAUAAAUCUUUUUGUUUAUUGGU